ACAGAGAACAGCUUCUCUUCUGCGGACUUGGCAGAGAUGAAGAACUUCUUUCUUCUGCUCGUGCUAGCAGUGAUGCCACCUUCUGCAUUUCCAGGUCGCCGGAUGAAACGGCAAACUGACGUCUGGGGGAGCUGGGCUGAAUGGGGCAAGUGCAGCCGGAGCUGUGGCGGCGGAGUCAGCUUUCGGCAGCGACGCUGCUAUUCCCAGAGGACAGAAGGUGCUUCCAGUUGCGUUGGACCAGCUCGAAGCUAUCGCUCAUGCAACACUCAGAACUGCCCAGAAGGCUCUCGGGAUUUCCGAGCAGAGCAAUGUGCAGAGUUCGAUGGGACAGAAUUCCAAGGAAGGAAAUACAAAUGGCUUCCAUAUUAUGGAGCACCCAAUAAGUGUGAGUUAAACUGCAUUCCUAAGGGAGAAAACUUCUACUAUAGGCACAAGGAAGCAGUGGUUGAUGGGACUACCUGUGAACCUGGCAAGAGGGACAUCUGUGUAGAGGGAGUUUGUCAGGCUGUUGGCUGUGAUAACCUGCUGGAAUCUGCCAAGAAGGAAGACAAGUGCCUGCAGUGUGGAGGAGAUGGCAGCACCUGCUAUGCUGUGAAGGGCACUUUUGAUGUGCCCAGCCUCCCCAAAGGUUACAAUCAAAUCUUCAUCAUCCCUGUGGGAGCCACAAGCAUCCAAAUUAGGGAAGUUAUGCCCAGCAGGAACUUCCUGGCUGUCAAGAACGUGCGAGGGGAGUAUUAUCUGAACGGGCACUGGACAAUCGAGUUCAGCCGUGCGCUGCAGGUGGCCAGCACCGUUCUGCACUACGACCGGGGCUCGGAGGGGGAUCUGGCCCCAGAGCUCCUCCAUGCCCGGGGUCCCACCACAGAACCCCUCGUCAUUGAGCUCAUCAGCCAGGAGCCAAACCCAGGGGUACACUACGAGUACUACCUGCCCAUGCAAGGACAGGCCUCGGGGUACAGCUGGAGCUACGGUUCCUGGAGUGAGUGCAGCUCUGAGUGCGGAGGAGGUUUCCAGUCCCGUUUGGUGUUUUGUACCAUAGACAAUGAAAUUUACCCAGACUACAUGUGCAGGAAUAAACCACAACCAGACACCAGCCAGACGUGUGGCCGCCAGAAUUGCCCCCAGACAAAGCGGACUUCUUACACCUACCUGCCGCAAGCCUGGAGUCACAGUGAAGCACAGAGCUCUCAGAUGAAGAGGUGGAAGACGGGGGAGUGGGGACCCUGCUCAGCUACCUGUGGUGGGGGCACCCAGACUCGCUCUGUUUACUGCGUGGCAUUUGAUGGCCAGAGCUCCCAGGGGGUGGUGGAUAACACAGAGUGCAUGGCCUUUGCACAGCAGCCUCGCAGCAGCCAGCCCUGCAACGUCAGACAGUGUGCGACCUGGAGCACGGGGCCCUGGUCAGAGUGCUCAGCCAGCUGUGGGGAAGGGGUGCAGACCAGGACCGUCACCUGCAGAACUCCGCGGGGCUCUCAGGCUCAGGACUUCGCUUGCCUCAUGGAGCCGAAGCCAUCGGCCACACAGCCCUGCCUCAAGGAGAACUGCAUCCAGGAAAUUGGCUGGCACGUUGGAGACUGGGGCCUGUGUUCCAAGAGCUGCAACUCGGGCAUCCGGACGCGCCAAGUCAUCUGCGCUGACGGCGACUCCAAAGUCUACAGCCCUGACACGUGCAGAGCCAUCCAGGCCCAGAAACCAGCCACCCUGGGCAGCUGCAACGUGCAGCCCUGCUUCCUGCCACAGCAGGUGCCCAGCAUGCAGGACACUAUGGGCUACGAUGUCACUCGCCAGUCCUCUCUGACACGUUACAACCCAAACAGCCCUGACACAGCUUCCAGCGAUGAAAGGAUGCUCCCUGGGAGCUCCACGAUGCAUGGCACCUCUGGGAAUCACCCCAACCCAUCCAGCAGGGACGGUGGCAUCAACUUGUUGCCUGUUCGCUGGGAAGCGCGGCCGGGCUCCGCUCAGCUCAGCUUCCCCCAGGACUGUCACCGGAGCGCGCACGGCUGCUGCCCCGACGGGCACACCCCAGCCCCAGGCCCUCUGGGCAGAGCUUGCCCCUUCAGUACCUGUCACCAAAGCAGGUAUGGAUGCUGCCCAGAUGGAGUGUCGGCUGCUCAGGGCCCAAACAACAUGGGAUGCCCACAGCGUUACCGUGAUGCUCAAGGGAGCAGGAGUCAGCCCACUGUGGCCACUCCAGCAGCAAGCCAAGCCUCAUCCCAGCAGCAGCCCCCGGGCGAGUGCCGCAGCUCCCUCUACGGCUGCUGCUUCGACAACGUGGCUUCAGCCUCAGGCCCCGGAGGGGAAGGGUGUCUCAACAAGCCCAGCCACCCGUAUCCUGCCUCCUGCCUGCUGCCCAGUGCCCACGGGCCCUGCACCAACUGGACCACUCGCUGGUACUUUGUGUCUGUGGUUGGCAAGUGCAACCGCUUUUGGUACGGCGGCUGUCAUGGCAACCAAAACAGCUUUGCCUCAGAGGAGGAGUGCAUGAGAGCCUGUCACAGCUCAGGGGGAGGCAGUCCUCUGCAGCACCAGCCCUCUCCUGGCACAGGAGCCCUGCAACACCAGCAUGCCAGCUCCCACUCUCACCCGGGAGCUGCUCGGGGGCAGCAGCAGCCACCUCCAGGAGACACUGCAAGCCACAGCCAGGAGGGAAGAGCCCACAGGGCUUCAGAGCCCACGCCAGCCAGCCACAGGCGGGACAGCUGGAGGAGCGAGGUGCUGCCAAGGCCUGGUGUGCUGGGGAGCCAGCCAAGGGGCGUGCAGGGCAGAUGGGGCUCCUGGGAGGAGCAGCAGAGGAGCAGCAGCCCCCAGGCGCUGCCCCGUGAAGACAAACCGCGGCAUACGGCGCUCGGAGCGGGUGCUGCCGGGACAGAGGGCUUUGGGCACCGGGUGUCUGCAGAUUCAUUCCCAGCCUGGGCUCUGCACAGAGCAAUCCUGGAAGAAGCCAAGCCCUCUCCUGUGACAGCAGCUGUGGGACAGAACAUCCAGCUGGUCUGCAAGAGAGUCAUGUCCCCCUUCUCCAGAGUGGAGUGGAUGAAGGACGGCCGGCCGGUCUCCUCCGACAGGCACAGCUACCAGCCAGACAGCUCUUUACUCAUCAGCCACCUCAAGCCAGAGGACGCUGGGACUUACACCUGCCUCACUUCUGAUGGGAGAACAGAGAGCCAACAGAUUCAGCUGCAGGUUACAGAGAACCAGAGCACUGGUGAGAGAGGUCAGGUGCUUCCCAGGGAACAGCAGCAGGGAGAGCUGCCCAGAGGCAGGCAGGUUGUGCAGGCAGCCAGCUCCUCCUCACAGCAGCAAGUCACCUACAGAUUGAGAAUGGAUAAGAGUGAGCCCUCAGUGGUGGAGGCCAAUGUUGGGGACAGAGUCAGGCUGCCGUGUGCCGUGGAGGCAUCGCCGGCGCUCACCAUCCAGUGGCAGAAGGACGGGCAGCCCCUCUCCUCGCCCAGACACAGGCAGCAGUCAGACGGGUCCCUGGUGAUCAGCAGGGUGAGCUCUGAGGACGGUGGCUUCUUUACCUGCGUUGCCUCGAACGGCCGCGACCAGGACUGGCGCCAGGUCCUCUUCCGCCCCCGAGGAGAGCUGAGGAUCACUGGUCUUUUGCCAAGUACAACAGUACCUGAGGGAGGGACUGCUCAGCUUCACUGUACAGUGACCGGCAACAACGUCAAUAUAAGGUGGUCAAGGAAUGGAGUCCCCAUGCGUGCAGAUGGCCACCACAUCCACCUGUCCCAGGACGGAAGCCUCAUCAUCAGCAACGUUCAAGAAGCCGACGAAGGAUCCUACACCUGCAGCGCCUACAGCAGCAGCAACUCUGUCAGUGCCAGCACAGAGGUGAAGGUGCUGAGGAGCAGGCCUGGGGCUACUGUGAAUCAUGUCAUGGAUGUGAGCAGAGAGUGCGUGGACCAGCCCCACCUGGCCAACUGUGACCUGAUCCUGCAGGCCCAGCUCUGCAGCAACCAGUACUACUCCAGCUUCUGCUGCGCGACCUGCGCCCGCCACCAGCCCCAGCCCAGCCUGGCCCCGCGCCGAGGGUGACACAAACUGCUGCAGCUGACCUCUUGCUACAAGAGGGGAAGUUGGAACGCU